AUGGCCAAAGCCACCUCCCGGCCGUUGUCCGUCUCGGGCAAUCAGGUGACCAUUGGUAGCCGGCCCAUCUCGCAACACUCUGUUGCAACUGCAGCAGCAAAUGGUGCGGCCACCUUGCGGACGCCACAAAGCCGUCACGCCCACAUUGCCACCACCAGCAGUCGCAACUCCACACCCCGUACGACGUCGCGACCCCCUACUACUCGUAAAAGCGCCUCCCCCGCUCGGCCCCCCAAUCGGGCGGGUCAUGAGGUCGGCGUUCGCCAGACCGCUCUAAAUGCGGCGCACCAAGCCUUGGAAGCUGGUGGUCAGAGUCGCGUCCCUCGCUCCUUUCUUGCUGAUGCCCUUGAGGAGUAUUUUCCUUCAACCCUUGUCCACCAGGCCCUCGAUGCGGCCGUUGCACAGAGCGGCGUCAACGUUGACUGGCGCGAAGUCCUUGACGCCCUUGCAACGCUAGACGCAGAGCCCUUGCGCUCGCCCUCUCCGGCCUUGGCUUCAUCCGACCUCGACCCGUCCUUCCCACUCUGCACGUCCUUUGAGGAUGGGCUGCAAGCGCUCUACACGCUUGCUUCUGAUGAGACAACCUUUGCCCAGCUCUUUGGUCACUUUGAUACCGAUCAUGACGGCAUCCUCGACAACACGCAAAUGCGCGAGUUUCUGGCACGGCUCAUUGGCUACCCAAACUGUGCGGCUGCUCCUCGCAUCCUCAUUGAGCAACUCGUAGUACAGCUGCCAGGAGAGCCAGCGUAUGGGCCCCAGGCCCCACGUUGUUACCAUGGCCGUCUUCUCUACCGACAGGCUAAGGUGCGAUGGCAGCUACGUGAAAGUGGCGGCAACAUCUCUCAAUCAACACCGUCAGCUGUCACCAAUGUCAAAGGAUCCGGCAGUCUGAAUGAGCAGCCCACAACGGCUGACGCUGCCGAUCCCACCAGCGCUACCAUUCGCAUGCCUCUGGCCGCGCCGCUUCCGUCGUAUGGUGCCCUCCUUCACCCCAACGGCUCUACGCAACCCAAUUACGCCAGUCCCACCGAGAUUUCCAUCUUACACCUCUCCACCGGCGUGCCGGCUCGGCGGGAGAACGCACCACUCGCACCCAGGGGGGGCGCCGAGCCCCUUGAUCCCGUGCAUGAUCCCUCUGAUUCACCCACACCCAAUCGCACGGUGCGCGUCGUCAGCCCAGUACACAGCGAGCCUGACCUUGUAGAAGAAUACCUCGCUACGUUGCGCGAUAUUCAGACUGCCAAUGUCCAUGACCGAGAGGACGAAGUCGAGGAGUUGGAGCGGUCACAUAUUGAGUUUAUCCUCGACGGCCAGCACCAGUCACCCCGCCAGGUGGUUGCAGAGGCACCUGCCGCUGUUUCUAACAGUCUCAAAGGGGCUCAGAGCACAACGCGCUCGCCAUCGCCACGCAAGGAAUCAGCAUCGGUGACGCACUCGCCGGAAUCCACGCAAGCAGGCCCUUUGCAACGGCCACCCGCACGGGGCACGCUCGAUGGGCGCCUUGAAGGCUUGAACCUCACCCAGAGACGGGAUGAGCAAGAGGAACCCACAAUGGUCAACAUGCUGGAGGAUAAUGGGGUUGCAGUAAGCGUCGCUGCUCUUCCAGGGUCGCUGAGCGGCUCCUCUGCUUCUGAGAGUGAGAGUGCACUGCACCUCCCUGCUGACAUGCGCACGCUGCGGCGGCCGACCCCGUCAUCCCGAGGGGCCAGCGCCAAGUCCACUUCCAACGGCCCUGAUAAUGUUCUGCCUCGACCCACCCCCGCUCAACACUUGCUGAAUUUGGACCGCUCACUCGGCGGCGUCGCACCAGACAAGAGCAUUCGCAUGCCCCCAACUCUAGGGCUCGAGCGCCCCAAAAUGCAACCUACUUUGCACACGGAUGCACACUAUAGUCGCAGUCUUUUUGACAUGUCUCAAAAUGAGCGCGAGCAACUGCUGGCCAAUCGACCCGGAGCUGGCCUCCUCUUGAUGAGCUCACUUCCCGCCGAUACGCACGCCGCCGAUGUGCUCGAAGCUAUGCGUACUCUUUGUGCAACCAAGGCAGAAAAACUUAUCAAAGCUUGCGAACAAGAGGACUGCCGUCAUACGGGCUUUGUCACUGGUAACGACAUGCGCCGCAUCAUCAACGAACAUGGCUUGACCGUGACCAAGGUGGCAUUCAGGCGCCUCUGCCACGGCGCCGACGUGAUUGGCAUGGCUGGCAUUCCCUACCGUCGCUUUCUGCGGCAUUACACACCAUACCGCAGUCAUCAAGUGCAGCUGGAAGAGAUUUCGCGCGUAUCUUCUGGACACCCAUCUCGCGGCUCAGCACGAAGCACAAAUGCCAACAACGCUGUCACGUUUUCGGACAAGCCGUUGCAGGAGAUACACGCCAUGGUGCAACCCGUCAUUGCGCGCCACUGGCAGUCGAUUCUGAAAGCAUGUCGGCAGAUGGAUUCGCGGCGCAAGGGAACUUUGCUACCAUCUCGCUUCAAGGCCGCUGUCAAGGUCCAUUUUCCUUUGAGUGAGGCAGAACUGAAUAGCCUGUGCCGACAUUGGCGCCUGGGCGGCAAAGAGGUACAUUACGGCAAGUUUGUGCAGCAUUUUGCCAGUGGCACGGCCACCUCAAUGCAAGCAACCCAAAGGGCUGCGCCGACCCUACCCACCGUCAACACCCCCAGCAGCAGCCAAAGGGGCUCGGAGAGCGAGUUCCGAGCUCUGGCUGCCCGUGUACAUGUCCCAGUGGAGCAAAAUUUUGCCGCACUUCGUCAACGCCUCAAAAAGGGCGCCAUCAGCAACAGCCGCACCACUUUGGAGAAUGUUCAGGCCAGCUUCGCAAGUGUGGGCAUUGAGCUCACCUCUGAUGACCUGGAGGUUAUUCGCAACUCGUUGCGCCCUCGCAGCCAAGAUGCUGGCCUCGAUUUCAACGAGCUUCUUCGGCGGCUGCUCAAAUAG